UAUCAUUGUGAAAUUUGAUUAGAAACACUAUCAAGCCAAAUUAUUUUAAAAUAAUAUAUUUAUUAUUAAAGCAGUAAUUUAUUAAUUAUAAAUAUUGUAAAAAUGGCGACUGAAUCAAGUGAAACAUCAUCAUCACCAUCAAAUACUAAAUUUUAUACAAGAGCUGAAGUUGCCAAGCACAAUGAUAAUAAAAAAACAUGGAUUAUUAUUCACAACAAUGUCUAUGAUUUGACAAAUUUUCUCAAUGAGCAUCCUGGUGGUGAAGAGGUUCUUUUGGAGCAAGCUGGUCAAGAUGGAUCCGAGUCAUUUGAAGAUGUUGGUCAUUCAACAGAUGCUAGACAAAUGAUGGGACCCAUGAAAAUUGGUGAAAUUGUUCAGGAGGAAAGAACAGUAGAUAAACCAGAAAAAAGUAGCAAGGAUUGGUCAGGUGAAGAUGGUGAAUCAAGAAAAAAAAAGAAGUGCAUCCUGAUGUGAUGAUUGGAAAUUCCAGUGGUUCAUGGAAGUCAUGGCUGAUACCGGUCAUCGUAGCAAUUGUGGGAACAAUCAUCUACAAUCUAUACAUCGCUACACGUUAGGAAAAUUCAAUUAACAAAAAAAUGGUGCAAUCAACUAACAUUCCUUGAUAAAUAAAUUGAAUAACAACAGCAACAAUUACAACAUAAAUAAAACUAACAAUUAAAUUAAUUUCUUUAUUACUUUUUAUUGUAAAAAAAAAAAAAAAAACAAAAAACUUUUUCAUAAUAUUACUUGUUAAAAUCAUAAAAUAGCAGAAAAAAACAUAAUUAAAAAAUUGUUAAAUUUUCAUAAAUUUGUUUUAACAUUAUUUGUAUCCUUUUAUUUCCAAUUGAUUUAAUUUUUUUUUUGUAUUUUCUAUAAUUUUAAAUAAUUAAAUUACAAUUAAUUAGUGUCAUUUAAAUAAUUGUCAAAGUU